GCCCGAAGCUCUUCUCCCUGCGCCCAUUGUCGCGGCGCCAUUCAUUCACCGUUAUACUCUCCCUACUUCCGCCCCUAAUCUUUCUCCGCCCAAAAGUUCCUCCGGCAACGCCGCCGCAUUUCCCAUCGCUGCCUCCUUCUCCUUCCUCCUCCUCGUCCUGCACUGUUUUACGCUCUAUUGUAACUUCCAGCUUUUGGACAUGGAGCACUUAAGAACUCCUCUAAAAGGAGUUAUAGAGGAUUUGAAGGGGAGGAAAGAAUGUUACAAAGAAGACUGGGUGGAUGCAUUUAGUUCAGGCGUGAGGAUUCUUGCUCCUACCACUUACAUUUUCUUUGCUUCUGCUCUUCCGGUCAUUGCAUUUGGUGAGCAGUUGAGCAGGGAGUCUGAUGGAAGCUUGACGACGGUUGAAACUCUUGCCUCUACUGCAAUAUGUGGAAUUAUUCAUUCAAUUUUUGGCGGACAGCCUCUUAUGAUUUUAGGAGUUGCAGAGCCCACAAUCAUAAUGUAUACUUAUCUCUAUAGUUUUGCUAGCAGUAGGAAAGACAUGGGGAAGGAACUCUUUGUAGCUUGGACAGGAUGGGUUUGUGUUUGGACGGCUGUGUUGCUGUUUCUUCUGGCUAUAUUUAAUGCCUGUACAAUCAUCAAUAAGUUUACAAGGAUCGCAGGGGAACUUUUCGGCAUGUUGAUUACUGUUCUAUUUUACCAAGAGGCGAUAAAGGGAUUAGUCAGUGAAUUUCAAAUCCCUAAAGGUGGGGAUCCCACAUUAGAGAAGUAUAAGUUUCACUGGCUUUACACAAAUGGGUUAUUGGCAAUUAUAUUCUCAUUUGGUUUACUCAUAACUGCCCUUAAAAGUAGACAAGCUAGGUCGUGGCCUUACGGUACAGGAUGGUUGCGAAGUUUUAUAGCAGACUAUGGGGUUCCUCUUAUGGUUGUAUUGUGGACAGCAAUGUCAUACGGUAUACCUGGACAAAUUUCAUCUCGUAUUCCUCGAAGGCUAUUUUCUCCUCUGCCUUGGAAUUCUACAUCAUUGUACCAUUGGACAGUGGUCAAGGAUAUGGCAAGGGUCCCAAUUGGUUACAUAUUUGCUGCCUUCAUUCCAGCUAUAAUGAUAGCAGGAUUAUACUUUUUUGAUCACAGUGUAGCUUCACAAAUGGCCCAACAGAAGGAAUUCAAUCUUAAAAAACCAUCUGCAUACCACUAUGAUAUAUUUUUACUUGGCAUUAUGACAUUGUUUUGUGGUUUACUUGGACUUCCUCCUUCAAACGGAGUUCUUCCUCAAUCACCAAUGCAUACAAGGAGUCUUGCUACCCUUAAAAGGCUGUUACUUCGGAAGAAAAUGGUGAAGAGUGCAAAAGAAUGCAUGAAUAAGCAGGCAAGCAAAUCCGAGAUUUUUGGGAGAAUGCAUGCUGUAUUCGUUGAGAUGGAUGCAUCUCCAACACAUACAGUGGACAAAGAGCUGGAAAAUUUGAAGGAGGCUGUGAUGAAUGAGAAAGAUGGAGAAGUUUAUAAUAACUUUGACCCUGCUGAGCACAUUGAUGCCCACUUGCCUGUGAGAGUUAAUGAACAAAGAGUUAGCAACUUAGUGCAAUCCCUUCUUAUAGGAUGUGCUGUAUUUGCCAUGCCUGUGAUAAAGAUGAUACCAACCUCAGUACUUUGGGGAUACUUUGCCUACAUGGCAACUGAUAGCCUCCCCGGCAAUCAAUUCUGGGAGAGAUUGAAAUUGCUCUUCAUUCCUCCUGGCCGGCGAUUCAAAGUAUUGCAGAACCUGCAUGCCUCAUUUGUAGAGUUGGUACCAUUCAAAUAUAUUGCUGCUUUCACAUCCUUCCAGUUUAUAUAUCUGUUGAUUUGCUUUGGAAUAACAUGGAUACCAAUUGCCGGGAUAUUAUUCCCCUUGCCAUUCUUUCUUAUGAUAAGUAUAAGAGAACAUGUUCUUCCAAGGUGGUUCCCACCACAGUACCUUCAGGAAUUAGAUGCAGCUGAGUAUGAAGAAAUCGUUGGCCAUUCAAUUCAUUCAAGAAACGUGUCUUUCAAGGAUGUAGAAGUGUGUAAUGAUAAUGAAGAAGAUGAUGAUUACUCAUCUGCUGAGAUAUUGGAUGAGAUGACCACUCACAGAGGCGAAUUCAAGCGCAGGUCUAUGAACAUAAAUGAAAGGCACUAUCAGGUCUACCCAAAUGAUGAACCUCGGGCGUAAGAACAACUAAUGCACAGUGUUCACCCCCGCGAAAGCCUCUCAGUCUAUAUCAUCCACAUUGCAGAAAGAGGGGUACAUAUAGGCAUAUAGCCAAAGCAGAAAACGCAAGCAAAUCAAGAACAAUUAAAGAAUGAGAUUGAGUAAAUUGGUCGUAUUUUCAUGAUGAUAGUAUAAUAGAGAAGCCCACACUUAAGAGAUGAACUAUACGCACACACACCCUUAGCUUAUUUUUAUGUUAUGUACUCGAACGUUGGCUCUAGCAGUCUAGCCUAAAAGAAUCGCCAAGGUGGAACAUAUCAAUAUCGGUAUAUAUAUUGAUAUUGGUACUUUACAUCCAUAUAAAUACAUUAAUGGACAUAUAUGAGUAUCAGCAAGAACACAAUUUUUUUAAUUAUUUGGAAAAUAAACAUCAA